CCACCACCUCAGACUUCGUCUUUGUUUCUCUCUUCCAACAACUCUUCUUACCAGAUAUGUGGAUCGUUAACUGGUUCUGGGAUGUUCUUGCACAGCUCGGUCUGUUGAACAAGAACGCUAAGAUUCUCUUCCUUGGGCUGGACAACGCUGGAAAGACGACCUUGUUGCACAUGCUCAAAAACGACAGGCUAGCUACGCUCCAGCCAACUCUCCACCCAACCUCUGAGGAGCUGGCUAUUGGGAAUGUCAAAUUCACCACUUACGAUCUCGGUGGUCACCAACAGGCUCGCCGCCUCUGGCGUGACUACUUCCCCGAAGUCGACGGCAUCGUCUUCCUCGUUGACAGUGCUGACUUCGAACGUUUCGGCGAAUCCAAGGCCGAGCUCGACGCCCUCCUCUCCAUUGAGGAACUCUCUAAGGUUCCUUUCCUUAUCCUCGGCAACAAGAUCGACGCCCCCGGUGCUGUCAGCGAAGAGGAGUUGAGGCAUCAUCUGGGCCUCUAUCAGACGACUGGCAAGGGCAAGGUUCCAUUGAAUGACAUCCGUCCCAUUGAGAUCUUCAUGUGCUCCGUUGUCCAGAGGCAGGGCUACGGCGAAGGUUUCCGCUGGGUCUCACAAUACAUUUAAGACCACAACGGGACUGUCACCUUAGAACGGAUCGCACUUUAUUCUUGUUGCUUCUUCGCAUUCUGCUUCGAGCGGACCAUUCUUUCGUUGUUCGACCAUCAUAGUUCUUUUGUGUUUUGUCCUGGGAUGUUACAUAUUUUACACUUUUUCCUUCGUCUUUUUCUUGUGCAUAACUCCCGUCACGAGCGUUCGGUGACGUACGAGUGCCACGUCAACACGUCGAGACGCGCGCCACAGGCGUGCGCAUGCCAUUUUGGAUCGUAGGUGCCACACUAGUGCAUGCUUUCUUUUGCUCUUUGAGUCUUUCUGCUCAAGACUUCGUUGAAGAUCGACAAUGCAAUGUCACGUUUGUUGAAA